AUGCAUAUGGACUCGGAUGAAGAGGGUCGGUACCAGAAAGUCAGAAGACGGAUCCUCUACAAAAAUAAAUGCCAAGAGCAUUGUGCGACUCGACCCCCAAGUUGGCACUCCACUGGCACUGAUAUAUUCAUUCGCCCACAUCCGGUGUCUUCUUCCAGGGCAUUCACCGUCUAUCCCACGACAAUCAUACCGCCGAAGAGAGAUGACUCCAGACAAGAAAAUGCGGCGGUUGGAUUCGCCGCCAGCCACCAACGAGGAUUGAUACUGAUCCUGAAAAGUCCGGAAUCUGCAACAACGCAAUUCAGGGGGUAUGGGAUACCCAUGUUUGAGGAGGAAGCGGAGCAAAACCAGGAUGACGAGAGCCACUACACGACGAUUGGUGUAUGGAUUGGUAGUAGUGCACCACUCUACGGAGGACUUGGGUAG